CGGCGAGACGCUGAGCCAGGGCGGCUGCGUGUGGGGAAACCAAGACCGCAGGGGCCAUGGCGAAGAAACCAAUGAGCACCGCGGAGGCCGAGCGCAUGAACCUCGUGGCCCAGGACCAGAUCUGGAGAUGCCGCCUGAAGGCUGAGACCGAAGCACGGCAAAACUGGGCCCAGAACUGGGGAUUCUUAACAACCCCUGUCGAGGAGCUGAUCGGGCACGAAGACAAGACCCCCGCGCCAAAGCCCAGGAUCGAGCUUCCUCAGAACUUCCACAUCCGGCCGCUGACCCCGGUGGAGAAGUACAUCAAGGUCCUCCCGUCCCCCCCGGUCCCGAAGACGACCCAGGGCUUCAUCGGCUGGAGGUCGGGGGUGCCGGGCCUGAACCAGUGUCUGCAGCAGUACGAGGAGCUCCGGAGCUGCAAAGGGGCGUACGCCAAGGAGCUCGGCUGGCCGGAGCAGGGCGUCCACUGA